AUGCUCUUCAAGCCCCGUGGCGUGACGAGCAAUGACCCAAAGUAUGCUGGGAACUCCCGCAUCAUGAAUAUCCCCGACGUUCUCGCAUAUCGCGACACGUGGAAGGAGCGCCUGACGGAGGACUUCUCCCUUGGCCACAUCCUUCAGGCGGCACGCGUGGCGAAGAACAAACCAGUGGUCCAGGAGAAACUCGUCAUGACAGACAACGGCUUCAAGGUGAAGGACCGCGACGCCAUCGACGCGUCGGAGCGCGGUGUGCGCAUGGUGCAGAGCACUCUCAACAAGCUGACAGAGUCGAACUUCGAUGUGAUCGUGAAGACAAUUCUUGCGCCGGAAAUUAUCCUCAACGCAACCGUCGUGGCAGAUGUUGUGCGCCUUAUCUACGACAAGGCACUCGUCGAGCCGGUCUUCGCCGGCCUCUACGCGCGGCUCUGCUACGCGAUUGUGCGCUACGAGUACGACUACUGCAGCAUGGCGGAUGGCGAGGUCGACGCGCAGAAGAGUGAGGUGCGCGUGGCGAUAGUGGAGAAGUGCCAGCAGAUGUUCGACGGCGCCACAAAGGCGGUUCAGGAGACAUCCUCUGAGGAGGAGGCGGAGAAGCUGCGGAAGCGUAACGUCAAUAACAUUAAGUUCGCCGGAGAGCUUUUCCUCAAGUCUCUCAUCACACAGAAGAUUAUCGAUCGUAUUCUGAGUGAGAAGCUUGAUAACAACGUGCCCAACGACAUGGACCUUGAGGUCGUUGUGAAUCUGCUGGAGGUUGUAGGGAAAAUGUACGAGGAGAAGAAUCCAUCAGCACAAGGUCGCCUGUGGAAGAUGCUUGCGACAUUGCAGGAUGACAGACGCUUCUCCAACCGUAUACGGUUUCUGCUACAGAACCUCAUCGACCGGCGAAACGGCGGGUGGAAGCCACGGGAACCAGAGCAGGUGGUUGUGGAGGACGUACAGCAACAGCAACAACAACAGCAGCAGCAUCAUCAUCACCAGCAGCAGCAGCAACAGCAGCAGCAGCAGUACCAUCACCACCACCAACAUCACCAACAGCAAUCGCAACAGCAGCACCAUCAUCACCAUCACCAACAUCACCAGCGUAACAAUGACCAGCUUCCACCCCCAAUGGGGAAACGCGCGAUAAGUUACCAGGAUCUUUCCAGUUCAUACGGGAUUGGUGCGCGUCGGGCCACGAGCUAUACGGAUCUUGCAGGCUACAGCAGCUACGCCAUGCCGCCGCCACCACCACCACCACCGCCACCGCCACCCGCCUCCACUACGCCAGCUGAGGAGCAACUUUCGGUAGACGAGAGGAAACUUGUGGUGCUCGCACGGCCGCCGGAGGCGCUGACGGAAGAGGUGCGCCGCAAAAUUCUCCGCAUCGCCCGCGACGCAGUGGAAGAAGGCACGCCGUGCCGCGGCUGGGCGAAGGAGCAGCUGGCUGAUGUGCUGGGCCCCAGUGACAGUGGUAACCAGGGCUUCAUGUCCAGCGUCUACGUGAUUUUGCAGCGUGCCAUCAUGGACCCGAAGGAGAGCGAGCGGUCGCUCUUCCUCACGGCGCUAACAACGGGUGGGCUCGAGCGCAGCAUACUCGGUCGGGGCUUUGCGUGGUGUCUCACAAAUGCUAUCGCGGAGCGUGACGUGUCCGACUGCCCGCGCAUCUACACCCGCUUCGUGGACGCCGUGAUGAGGGUUUCAGAACUUAACUUCCUCAGCGUGGUAAAGGACAUCAUGGCACGCACUGCCAACUACCUCGGUGCGCUUCAAUCUGUGUAUGACUGUGCCGAUGAGUGGGAGGAGGACUUCAUCCACAUCUUGGACCUCCUCAUCGCAGCGAAGCAGGAGAGGCAGCAGAAGAAGAAUGAUGAGGAUGAGAAGGUGACAGUGGGUGACAUUAUGGAGGCGAUUGGUUCGGUACGACUGGGCUCCUUUAUGCGCAACAUACUCCCUGACUUUGUCGCGGCGAUGGUGCAGGCCGGCUUCUUCACAGAAGAUGAGUUGCGAAAGUGGCGGGCAGACAAUGAGGGUAACCAAAAGCUCCGCGCCUUUACAGAUGAGCUCGCUAACUUGUAUCCCUGA